AGAGGCCCAUUUGACUCUUGGAAUGUGCAUGAGAGAAAAAUACUAUUGGAGAAACUUCUCAGGUUGACUCUAGUUCAUUAAGAAGAACUGGAUCUGCAAAAAGAUAGCAGUCACCUUUUCAAGCCCUGCUUUCCUUGAGGAACAUCUUGAGUGUGGACUCUGCAUUUUAGAUCUCAUCUAGGUAGCCUUGCGUCCUUCUGAUGGUGCCACCCAGAUGCUACUCGGAUGGACUGUGUAUUGUUUGCAAUGCAGCGCCAUUCUGUGAACUAGAUAUCCCACCUUUUUGAGUCAGAGGAUUUCAAUAAUACAUUGUUUUCACCUGUAGAGGAUUUCACUUUCCUUUCCUUUGUGACUCAGUGCAACUUAGGAAGAUGGGACUGAGUUCUUCGAAGGGUCAUCGAAAAGUGACCAAAGUCACCCCAGUGGCAUGCAAAGAGGGAAAGCUGACAACUCAGGGGAGUGUGGCUGUGUACAAUUUCCAAAGUCCUCUGCGACAGAUGAGCCCAAACAUAUUUGCUUCCCCAACAGGGAGAAACCCAGUAAUGGAAGGACAGCUUCCACCACUAAGAGAAGCCCGACAUGGAAGAUAUCCCACAGUGCCCCAGACAGCUGCAUGUGACCUUUCGACGGAGGGACGAGAAGCAAGCAUCAUCAAACAACACCCUCCUCGAAGGCUUCAGCUUUCCUCAGUAUUGAGAAGCCGAUUUUUCAACUCGGGAAUAAAUAAUCAUAAAUCUUAUCUCCAUCCUUACCUUGUGAGAAAGCUGGAGCCUUUCAUUCUGGCAAAAGACGUUCCUCCUGACAAAUACUCAAGCCUGCAAAGUGGGUCAGCAACAUGCAAAGCAAAGAAGGAACUAGAGAGGGGACGGCAAGCUGCCAUACAUCCAAAUGGAAGGCGGCAGUAUUUACUCCAGAUGAAGAUGCUAGAAAUCAGAAAAGAGGGUUGCCACAGGCAUUUGAUUAACUCCUUGGUGAUGAAACACAGGACCAGAAAAGCCUUUGAUCUGAUCCAGAGUAUACAUCUUAUGUUCUUACAACAGCAGAAGAAUGAAUAUACAUUUGAAUGGUCCUGUUUCUUAAAAAAGAAAAUGUCCUGGUAUGUAGAAAAACUUCAUGUGAGGAAGCAGUCUAGGUCAGUGGAAAGCCAACUUCAGCAAAGCCAAAAGGCUGACUAGCAAGGCAUAAAAUAAAUAUUCAGGGCAAUCCAGUUACAGAACAAAGAAAUUGUUUUCAAGAUCAGAACUAAGUUUGUAGUCCAUUCAGACAAAAGUCUGUUUCUGCUUCUCUUUCUUCAAGCCCGGUUUAUUUCAGUAGACUAAUUAGAAUCAAAGAAUCAUAGAGUUGGAAGAGACUGCAAGGGCCAUCCAGUCCAACCCCUUGCCAUGUAGGAAAUCUAAAUCAAAGCAUCCCCGACAGAAUAGAAUCAUAGAGUUGGAAGAAAGAGUAUUCCAUACUGUAGAAGUACAGGUCUAUUGGUCUACUGAGACUCACUGAAAAGAUCUACCCAUUGACUUUCUGUCUAUGUGAAGGAAAUAUAAGACAGACAGACAGACAAACAAUCCAAACAUACAACCUACAGAAAUAAAAGUCUUCAGAGUGCAAUACCAGAGACCCCUUAAUACAGAGGGUAAAGAAUUAUACAGUUUUUCAUAGGCAGGUGAGCUUAACCUACCAGCAAUACAGUGAAUGCCCUAAAGAUCUGUACAAUCUCCACCCCUUGUUUAGUACCUAGUGGUUUUAACAAAGAACAUGGAAACUAUACUGACUCACCAGAUAUGGAAAUAUCCAACGAGAAAAACUAGGAUGCAGUUUAAACAUAGAACCUCAGGAGUGGCAUCAAUUAGGAAACCUUCAGACCUUCUGAUUCACUUUCUGUAAUGUCAGGCAUACACAUGAGGCAAUCACAGCAAAAAGGUAUUUUCACAUAUGUCCCCAUAGGCAGGUUGACCAGAUGUCCUUUACCAGGACAUGUCCUACAUUUCAGUCUCCUUUUCCAGGAGAUAUUCCAAAAUGUUCUCCAUUCUGAGCAUGGAUAAGGAGCACACUGAGUAGCACCAUGUUUGCUGUUCCCCUUCAAGAGAUGGGUCUACUUGGCAGCCUGAACUUGCUGAAAAUAGGAGGAUAGGAUGGAUCCUUCUAAAGAUCUUUUUUUGCAGAAGCAGCAGCAGACAAGACUUGUCCCCAAAGCUGAGGGUGUGUUUGUUUCUUGGAGGAGAAAAGGGCAGCAAAGGUGUUAGGCAAUGGGCUGCUUGAAGACAUGAUGCACACGUUGGUUUUUUUCCUUAAGUUCAGCACAAUGGACAAAUGAAAGGAAUAAUUUAAAUGUAGAUUCAUUCAAGGGUUUGCUGCUAGUAAAGUACAAUUUUAAGCAUCUGUCUUGCUCAGAGUUCUAUAAGGAUAUUGUAAUUCAACAAGGCAUUUUAACGAUGACAAGUUCAUCAGAAAAAUACAGUUGAUUACAUAAUAAAUGCACUAUACGUAAUGUGAGCUGCAAA